AAGAGGCUACCCUCCAUGUUGCUAAGACAUCCAGGUUUCACAUCAAAUCCCUCCUCCUCCUUGAGAGAAAACCAAGCAGCUGAUGCCAUGUCUGCAAAGACAGUUGUCAACCAGCCCAAGCCAUUCAUCACGACCACCUACUCCAACAAAUGGACGUCUGGCAUCUGCGAUUGCUUUGAGGACCUGCCCCAGUGUUGCCUCGCCUGCUGGUGUCUUCCCUGCUUCACCUGUAAGACAUCACACGAGGCCGGAGAGUGUGUGUGUUUACCUCUACUGGACGCAUAUGGACUCAUCCCUCCUAUGACCUUGUCCCUCAGGGUAUCAGUGCGGCAGCGCUAUGGCAUUGAGGGCACAAUUUGUCAGGACUGUAUGUACGCAUGCUGCUGUGGGCCCUGCACCUGGUGUCAGAUAGCAAGAGAAAUCAAAACCAGGAUGAGUCCAAUCACUGUGAUCAACACAAGGGCCUGGGACAAUCAGUCCUGAGUUCAUCACUACAUUUAUCAUCGUAAUCACCGGUUUCAUAAUCAUCAUGGACCAUCUUCAAAGUACAGACCUGUGGACUCUUCUGACUCACCACCACCACCAGCUUUACCACGAUCACAUACCAACCAGCUCUGAUUUCUGAUCUCUUUUUAAGCACAUCUGGCACGGAGGAAUGCCACCAUAUAGCUGACUGAGGAUCAGCUCAUGGAGAUGUAUAGAUGAGGUGUAGCUUAAUGCAAGACACUGUAGAUAAGCAGACUUUUGGCCUCGGUUCCCAUCAAUAGAUUUCUAAUAAUAGUGGUGGAAAUCACUACUCAAAUAGAAGUACUGUUACUUUGCUGAUUUUUUAUUGAAGUAGAAAUAGAAGUGCUGCUGUAAAAGUUUAGUAAAAGUAAAAAGUUGCUCAUGUAAAAGUUACUGCAUUACUUUUUCAAAACCAUAACUUUGUUAGGUGUGAGUUUUUCCAUGCAGUUAUAGAAGGAUGAGAGUACCGGGAUCAAGCUAUAUUCUUUUAAAGGUGCAUUGUGCAAAAUUACCAAGAGCUAAUUGAAGUGAGGAUCCUGUGGACUCAACUGACAAAUGUGGAAAUAUCACAUAAUAUGAUGGCUGAGUCCACUUGGUUCUCAUUGUCAGACCAACUCCCUUUUUUUUUCCCCAGCAGAGUCUAAAUGGCCCUCGCUGCAGUUUUUCAUGGUGCGCCUUUUAUUGUGAAAUUUGGAAAUGACAGAGAGUAGAGCUGACAAAAUAGAACUAGAUUCCUCCUCCCAUCUUUGCUUUUAUUCUGAAAGGUUCCACAAUCUGUCACUGAUCAUCUGUUCUCUAUAAUGGAUAUGAUUUAAAAUGUAGAGAAGCAUAAUACUGGAAAAAGUACAAAUACACAAAAAAGGUCACAGUAAAAUGAUUAAAUGUAGUUAGUUACUUCCACCUCUGGCUGAUACUAAUGAGAUCCAGCCAAGGAAACCAUACCAGUGUUGUGGUUCUGGUUAAACUGUGUUACAGUUACAGUUGUACUGUCAUUUAGAUGUUAAAGGGGUUUACAUACUGUGUGUAGAUAUGUAUGUGAUACACCAUCCAUGUCAUUGUUAUUUUUUAUUGUAAGUUCCUUUCACCGUCAUUCUGAUAAUUUAUUUGUUUUUGGACUGUUUCUUAAUAUGCAUUUAUGAACAGAAAUUCUUCAGAUGUUUUGAGUUCCAGGCCUCUUUCA